AUGUUAAGCUAUCCACGUUGCUUUGCUCCAGGUCCUAGAUUUAAGAACCCUAAAUUAUCUCAUUAUUAUUCCUUGCCGGCUGAAAAGACCCACUACUUCACCGCCGACUCUACAUCAGAUAAUCCAUCUCUGUCUCACUGCCUCCAUGUUUUCAAAGAUAAUCGGUCUGUAGCAGCAAACCCUAAUUAUACAGCCGUUCUAAGCAAGUUAUGGGAAAAGUCUCUCGAGGCAAUGAGGAAACCGGCAACGGCUGCCGUGCUGUUGGGUUUGUUAGUGAUGUACAACCCCAACUCAGCAGCACUGGCAACUCCAGUGGGUCGGGUCGGUGGUAGCUUCACUAGCUGCUUGACAUCAUACACUACGACCUCGCAUAAUCCAUCUGACAAUUCUUCGACCAGAAUCAAAAUGUACGACAUCGGAUACUACGAUCCGCUCUGGGACUGGAUACUCGGCGGGGUCCUUGCUACAUACGUUGUAGGGGGAAUGAUUAUUGUUAUCUUGACAGUUGAUAAAAAGUUUGUGUUUGGUGCAUCGUUAAUUUUGUGGACAGCUAUUAUGGCUAUUUGGUUUCAUUCUCUGGGUCAAACAAGUGUUGUCAAGCUCCAGCUUCAGUGUAAUUUGUCAAACACGGCGCGAGCAUUGCAAAUGGAUCUUAAUCGGAUUGCUGAAGCUGCAAAUCCCCAUACGCAUGAGGGUUUGAGAUAUGUUGUGAGAGAUACAGCUAUAGCUAUACUCAGGCAACCUGAUGAUUGCAUUUCCGGUUACUCAUCUGUGGUCAUAUCAAAGUUUGGUAGAGCGGCUGCCCAGCAAUGUUUUAAUAAACUUGCUGUUAGAGAGAAGAUUAGAUAUGACAAAGAGACGAUGGUCAAUUUGGAUAAUAUAAAGUCCCAAAGCAUGGCAAGUCAGAGAUAUACUGAUGAAUCCCAUAAUGACGAUAUAGUGGUUACAAUAUUACUUGCUGCUGAAGGGAAGUCUAAGUCGCUCACUAUCACUGACAGCAGCGACGUGAUAAGAGUGUUGGAGGAGCUUGCGUCCAUUGAUCCCAGCAAAAGAGGAGUAGAGGUCUUGUGGAGUAUUCCUCAGUUAUCUUCGAAAGUUCGAAUGCAGGAAGCUAGCAAUUAUACUAACUGA